CCCUUUCAGCCGUGGCGAUGCCGGCCAGGACCUGCUCUCCUGGCUGGGAUAAACGCAGCACGAGCUGCGGCUGGGAGAGGGUUUAUUGAGGGAAUUGCUGGGGGAACUGAAAGGGCUGGUCAGGGCUGGGGGCGAGGGCAAAUGGAGGAUGGAGUCAGGGCUGUGCAUCGGUCCAGCCGGUCCCUGCCAGAGGGGCUGGAGGUCAGGAGAUGCCAGACUUGCUCGUGGCUCAUGGUUAUCCCCGAGGAAAGGAGAACAGCCAUCGUGUGGUCGUCAGCCCCCUGCUUCUCCCGGUCCUUUACGUUUCCAGCUCCCUCUGCUCGACGCUCCCUGCAGUAACGCCAAACUGCUGAUGACAUUAAACAAAUUAAUAUCGGGUUUAAAUAGCCUGCGGGAGGCCGGGCCAGGCGUGCGGGGCCAGCUGUCAAUCCCGGAUUAGCGAGUGCCCCGGCUAAACUUACUGCUGCUGUUAACGACCCUGACAGCAACACCCUGCCCGGGGCUCUGCCAGUGCUGCCCCGGUGCCAACCGAGCCGGAGUGAAGUCUGGGAGAAAGAUCCAUGCUGUGCCCUGGCCCUGCAGCAGCGCCCAGAGGAGCCCUGAUGGCUUUAGUGCUUUUCAGUGCACCAAAGUUCUGUCAUUUACCCCCAAAGUGCCUAGUCUGGCUGUGGCACACGGGAAGGGACUCAAGCAUCUUGUGGUUUAGAACAUGUUAAUUUUCACUCUGCUUACGGCCCAGCGGUUUCUGCCCACCUCCUUGUAUCGUUUGACUUGAGAAAAAAUAUUUAAUUCCUUCCUUGUUCUUGUCUCCUGUUCAAGGAGGCAGGGGAGGCGAUUGUUUCCUCUUUUCACAAGCAGGUUUUUCAUCAUUUCCCCGUUUAAAGGGCAGCAAUGUAAGCAAGUCAUGACCCUCGCCUCACGAGAAGAAGCCAAAAAACCAGCACAGAGAAGGUGCUGCCAUGAGGAACCCAACUGCUGAUGAACUGGUGGGGAGGACAGCGGGCUCAUAAAAACCCCAAUCAGGGGCAGCUGAGUCGAGCAGCCCACCCGGGCCAGGCUGCCCGUGUCCACUCAGGGUUUCCAGCACUCAGGGCUGGGGCUGAACGGAGCAGGGCCCCACGGCCGCGGUCUCCAGGCAGGGAGGGACACGCUGUCCCUGCUGCCGAGCCUUUCCCCGGCCUCGGGGUGCGUGGCUGCAGCUGAGUCUCCCCUCUCCGAGCAAACCCGGCGGUGCACGUAUCCCCCCCAAGCAGUCACCUUAGAGAACUCUCCGAAAGAGCCGCGGAGGUGCAGCGGAGGCUUUGAGGGUUCCUCUCCCCUCGCCCCAAGUUUCGGGGCUCGGGCAGCCCCGGCUCGGGGGCGGCUCUGCGGGGAGGGGGAGCACCCGGUCCCCCCGCCCAUUUUCACGCUGAUACCCGGCAGCUCCGGCAGCUUCUCCCCCCGCGUUCCUGCGGGGCCGAGGCGGGGCCGGACGCGGGGCGAGGGGCGGCAGCGAGCGGGGCUGCGCCCGCCCGGCCCUGCCCGCAGCUCUGCCCGGCGAGCGGGAGGCACCAGCAGCGCCGAGGAGAGACGCAGCCGCAUCCAAAAUGCUUCUAGUCGGACCAGGAGAGUGGUAAUAGACCUUCUUACUAAAUUAAAUGUGCAGGCUGCUCCUCAAGGCACGGCGCGGUUCAACCGUAGUUGAUUUCCCAGCCACAGCAGCAUGGUGCCUCCAGGGAAAAAGCCAGCUGGGGAAACUUCCAAUUCCAAUAAAAAGUGUAAACGCUAUUUCAAUGAACACUGGAAGGAAGAAUUUACCUGGCUGGAGUUUGACUAUGAGAGGAAGCUCAUGUUUUGCAUAGAGUGUCGGCAGGCGCUGGUGAAGAACAAGCACGGUAAAGCGGAAAACGCCUUUACCGUGGGCACGGACAACUUCCAGCGCCAUGCGCUGCUGCGGCACGUCACCUCCGGCGCGCACCGCCAGGCGCUGGCGGUGAACCGGGAGCAGCUGGCCUUCGAGACGCGUGUCCACGGCCACCCCGAGCUGCGCUCGGUCAUCAAGGUGGAGGUGAACCCCGCGAAGGUGGCCAUCCUCACCACCGUCUACUGGAUGGCCAAAGAGGAGAUCCCGGAUGAGAAGUGCUCCUCCCUGCUCAACUUCCAGAAGUUCAACCUGUGCCAGGCGCUGCUGGCCUCGGAGCACAGCGAGUACUACCACCCCGGCAGCGUCAGGGGCAUGCAGGCAGCCAUUGCCAAAGUCCUCCACAACGAGGACAGGCACAGGAUCAAAGCCUCGCCGUUCAUUGGGCUGGUGGUGGACGAGACUGUGGACGUCCUGGAGCACCGCAGCCUGGCCAUGUUCACCACCACUGUCUCCCCCUGCAACGGGCAGACCUCCACCACCUUCCUGGGCAGCUUCGAGCUGCCCACCGGGGAGGCCUCCACCGUGGCAGGCAAGGUGGGUGAGGUGAUGCGCUCCUUCGGCAUCCCCACCAUGAAGCUCACCUGGCUCAGCGCCGACAGUGCCUCGCUGGUGGCCGAGCGGCUGAGCGGGGUGGGGACGGCGCUGACCCCGCUCUGCCCGCUCCUCACUGAGGUGCACUGCCUGUCCCACGGCACCUCCCUGCUGCUGGCCGAGAGCAUCAGCACCGUCGAGUACCUCCAGAAGUAUGAGACCACCGUGGAUGCUGUGUAUAGGCUCUACUCCAGCUUCCAGGGGGAAGGCGGUAGCCUGCAGGAGCUGCGGAGAGUCCUGGACCUCUGUGAGAUAGACCUCGGGAGCCCCAAAGCCGUCCACUGGACUUCUAUCUUCCCAGCUGUAGAAGCCAUCGACUCCUCGUGGCCCACGCUGGUGCUGCUGCUGGAGAGCGAGGCGGAGCGCUCGCCCGUGGCCCGUGGCCUCUGCGAAGAGCUCAAGAAGUUCCAGUUUGUGGCCUUCACCAAGAUCCUUCUGGAUGUCCUCCCCAUCUUCCAGAAGCUCAGUCGCUUCUUCCAGAUCGAGGACUUUGACCUCUCCAUCCUGAAGCCCAUAGUGUCUGCCACAGCCACCACGCUGCAGGCCCAGCAGAGCACCAGCGGCCAGAACCUCCGGGAGUUCCUCAGUGAGAUGAACCAGCACCCGCAGGACGGCCGGGAGGGCGAGAGCCGCCUCUACUACAAGGGUGUGGAGCUGGCCAACUGCUCCCAAGUGCACCUGAAACACUUUGAGCACCUGAAGGAGAGCUACCUGGAGAGAGUGCGGGGCAACCUGCUGGACAGGUUCCCCAGCAGCGUCCUGGAGGCCAUCAGCUCCUUCUCCGCCAUCUUCAACCCCAAGUGCUACCCCCAGUCUCUGGAGGACAUUGGCAGCUAUGGGGUCAGCGAGCUGAAUUUCCUGCUGCGGGUGUACUCGCGGGUGGUGGUGAGCGAGAGGGCCCUGAGCGACUUUCCCCUCUUCAAGCGCAUCGUCUUCAGCCUCAGCCAGCUCUCCUUCAAGGACCUCUGUGUCAAGCUGGUCUACAGCAGCUCUGAGAUGCACGAGCUCUUCCCAGACUUCGCUGUCCUGGCAGCAAUUGCCCUGGCCUUGCCGCUGGGCUCGGUCCUUGCCGAGAAGAUCCGGCGGGGCCGGGAGCUGCUGAGGCGCGGCCGGUCGCGCCAUGCCAAGGACGAGGGGCUCUCCGACCUCAUGAAGAUCGCCAUCGACGGGCCAGCCAUCAGCGAGUUUAACUUUGCACUGGCCAUCGAGUACUAUGAGAGCAUGAGGGAGUCUGGGUUCAUCGUGGCGCAGGUGAAGUGAGCGUGGCUGGUGAGGGCCGAGCCCCCGGGGCCAGCUCAACGCCACCUUGACCCGUCACUGCUGGGGCCGGGCAGCCGCAGUGGAUGGUGACCGGCUCUGUGCUGGGAAAAGAAAACAGAAUCCUUUGCAAAGCCAUGCUGCUCCCGUGACCACCUCUCCUUCAUACCCCAAACCUCUGUUUGAAUCGCCCAGAGUUCAGAAUGCUGGGGCCGCCUGAAACCCCAAACUGCGAUGAGUUUCUUCCAAGGGUUUGUCGUUAUUUUGUUUUAGGGAGAUGAAGGCAAAGCUCUUGAGCUCAAAUGUCACGUUGCCUUUGCACGAAGAUACCCAGCAGCUUUUGCUUAAUGCUCUGCAAAAAUACAGGAUUUCUUAUUCCGGAGCCUGGAGAGUGAAUGCGGAAAAGGCAGCGCAUCCUCCGAGCUCUGCGCCGACCCCAGCGUGCCUGGCGGUGUCGUGUUGGUGUUCCUUCCACACAGCCCAGGGUAUUUUUAGCAGUGGCAUCAAGUCAUGAUCAUUUCAAGAGCGAGAGAUUUAGGGAAUGAUAUUGUAAUGGCCGAGGAAUUAGUAACUUUAAAUGCAUCGUUGUGUACAUAUGUGUAUGUGUGUAUAUAUAUAAAUAUACAUAUAUAAAUAUAUAUAUUAUAAAGGUCGAUCUUAAUUUUCCUAAAGUUUAAAGUAUAAAGAUAUCUAAAAGGACUUUUUUUUUUGUAAGGACAGAAUAAAUUAUGAGCAGGGGUCCAAAAACCGUCAAUAGCUAAUUCUUGUUCUUUCCAAAACGUCCUCACCUCCUGGAGUUCCCUUUGCACCCCGAGCUCUUGGCGACCUGCAGUGUGGGAGAAAGUCCUUCAACACCUGCUUUCGGGACCAACUGAAGGUGUUCAGCUCGUAUUUCUGCUCUGAAGUGUUACUGUCUGUCCCGAGGUCCCUCCGGACACAGCAGCCCCCUCUUGGCAUCAUUGCCCAUCCCUGGCCGGCCUCUUCAUCCCCCCUUGGACAUCAAGCACUUUCUGACCUUCAGGCUCAACGGGACAUCACCGCUCAACCUCUUCCCCAACUUCAA